AGUCAGCUUUGGCAGUGAAAACAACAACACAAAUUGUUCAAACAAUGGAAUAUACAGGGCACUUCAUAAUAAGUGUAAGCACACACGCGGUAGCCAAUUAGUUUAGCGCUGAGUGUUGAAGAGGGGUGAACAAUCCUAGCAGACGAUAUCCGGUGAGAGUUAGCGCUGCCCCCAAGUCUCGCACCGCGUUGCCCUCUCUGAUAGUUCCAAGAGUAACUGCUGCUGAGAUUUUUUAGUAACAGUUACAACAUAGAAAUCAGCGAGAGAGAAAUAUAGCGAGACCGUAAGACGAGUACCGGGGAAAAAGACAGACAUUUGUGUGAUUUUUUUCCCUGUCCAUGUCAGUUGUUGAUAUGUCAGGAGGACCGUUUCCCAGCGCUUUGGCGAGUAUGUACGCCCGUUACACCGACCCACGUUACGCCGCCGCUGCGGCCGCCGCCUACCCUGGCUACCUGUACAGCCAAGACUAUAACCGUUACCUCUCCAUGCUGGCUGACUUGGAGAGACGGGAGCAGCCACAGAAGCCGCCGUACUCGUAUAUUGCCCUCAUAGCCAUGGCGAUAAAGAGUGCUCCCGACAGAAAAGUUACUCUGAACGGCAUUUAUCAGUUCAUCAUGGACCGGUUCCCGUAUUACCACGAGAACAAGCAAGGUUGGCAGAACUCAAUUCGCCACAAUCUCAGCCUUAAUGACUGCUUUAUGAAAGUGGCGCGAGAGAAAGGGAAACCCGGAAAGGGAAAUUAUUGGACUUUGGAUCCGAAUUGUGAGGAAAUGUUCGAAAAUGGCAACUACAGGCGUCGCAAGCGUCGCAACAAGGCCGCACCCUACAAAGCAGAAGACAAGUUGAAAGGUUCUGAUGGGCUUGAAGACAUGGACGGUCAUCGAGAUGUGAUGGGGGAAGACAUGGAAAGCGAUGAUGAAAAUGGAAGUCCGCACGAAUUUGAAAAACGCCCGGCAGACGAUUUUUCCGAAGGCGAAGACUGCGGUUUUAAAACGGAAGAAAAGAACAAUAAUCAUUGUGAAAUUGACAGAACAGAAGCAGACGACACUAACGCAGACGAUAAAGAGGCUGGACCCUCGCAUUCCGAAAUUCCGUCUGCAAAUUGUAAGAAAUCAACAUUUUCAAUUGACAGUAUUAUAGGUGAAAGACACGAACUUGACAAUGAACCAAAAACAACUUCGGAAAUUGAAAACGCAGACGGCGACGAGAAGAAAAAACCUGACAUUUUCGAUAAAAUUCCUAGUCCUCCUCCCAAAAUCUCAGACCUUCAGAAGCAGUAUCCUGCGUUCCCAGUGGCUUAUAACCCGUACGCCGCGCUCCUUGCCCGUCCACCGGUGUCAUCGCUGCCUGCCGGUGCCUCCUUUGCAGCUCUCCAGGCGGGGUUCGCAGGGUACCCCAUGGCAGCAGGGUUUUCAGGUGCACAGGGGAUGCAGCCUUACCUGAGUCUCCCUACGCGGUUACCCUCCUUCCCGCCGAAUUACAUACCGCCCAUUCAGGUCGCCUAUCCCCACGGGACGGCGGCCCGACCCUGGGGGAUACAGGGUCUUGGUAUAGAGGAGAAGAAAAUGUAACAUUCCCCGUGAAAAAAAACCCAGAAGUUGGUAGAACUAAUUUUAUUACUUGUUGAUUAUGAAAUAAUUCGCUGAUCUGCUCAAUAUUGAUUUUGACGUCUAUAGUGACAGCGAUAUUUUGAUUUGUAUAGUGUUAAUAGAAAUAUCAGAUGAUAUUGUUAUGUUAACGGCAAAUUGGUAUCUUUUUAAGGUUCAUGCCAUAGGGGUAUAUUUACUGUUUUUAAGUUGUUAUGAUGUAAGUUUUUAUUUAAAUUUAGAGAUAGGGAGAGAGAUUCUGAGCAAUAAUAUCAAAAAAUAGACAAUCAAUUUUAUUAAUCAAAACGAUAAAUGUAUAUAUGUACUAUGUAAUACCAAUAUGCAUCAGUGUUGUACACAGAUAAGUCCAUAUUGAAGACACGUAUCAUAGUUAACAUAAUGUUGUUAAGCUUUCUGUAAAUAUUUUAUUUUUAAAAUCAUUUUGUUUAAUAUUAUGAGCCACCGCUGUAAGCCAAUGUAUUACCAAUUUUUACUAUCUGUGUGACCGUAUUGUUAGUUCAGCUGAUGCUCCAUAACCACUCAACUUCUGUGUGGCUUCCGCCGUAAAAUAUUGUAUUAAACAAAUUCAGGAUGUUUUCAAAUAAUAUCUCGGCCACGGCUUUGUAGCGGGGCCCACACUUUAUCUAGGUGUCAGUCCGAAGGGGAGGUUUAUUCGUCGGUGCGGUUUGAGCCUCUUCAUAAAUACUGCCAGUGUUUCUUGAUGUUUUGUUUCAACACCUUGUGUUAUGUUUGUAAAUUGUUAUCUGUUUGGGAGGGGCUGCGGGUCGGUACUAGACCGCCGAGGGUUGUUUUGGUGUUAUGAUUGUGGCGAGGGUGAUGGGUACGGUAGCACCUCGACAAAGAUGGGCGCACAAUGCAUGAGGUGCUUCCCUCAUCCGGCGAGAAGGCACGUGCGGUUAGGACGUCAAGCGCAGAUGUAGGAUCCGCUCUUUCUCUGUCAAUAUUUUCCUGUCAGUGAGUUAAUUGUGUGGAAUUUAGAUCACCUAUUGAAAGUGGGACGAAAACUUCCCAAGGGAUGUGGUAUGCCAGUCUUUAAUAUAGCCAUAUCUUUAGUAUUUUUGCUGUUGUUUUUAUUGUUGGUCAGGUUUUAUUAAUUCAAUAGUUCAAGUGUUGAUUUUACUGCAUUGAAAAAUAAGAGAGUCAUGGCUGACUAAUUCUUUCUAAAACCAAGAGAUGCCGUAAGCGAUUGUACUGCUUUUCUUUGAAUACAAUGUGUAAUGCAUCGUUGGUCUUUAUUUUCACUGUCAUAGGUAUGGCUUUUGGCUGCGGUGGUGGGGCAAAUUUUUGAAUCAUCAGCCUAAUGAUUAUUUGUUUUCUCACUGAUACAGCAUACAUUAGAAGACCUAGGUAUUUAUGUGGUAAAAGGCACGCUUACAACUAUCUAUAAUGUGUAAUAUUAUGUUCUUUUUUUAAUUGCAAUUUUAUAAAUUUUCAUACAGACUAUCCUUGUCCCUAGCGUUGCCAAUAAGACUUGUUUGUAAAUAUGUUGAUUUUUGUAAGAAAUUUCAUUCCCUGAAAAUAUAAAUUCCAUCAUUUAUCGAUGUUGAUAUGUAUAUUUGACAAUAAAUCAUUUUAUAUAUAAAU